AUGCAGGCAUCACAAUUCUUACUUAUAACGAUAGUUUCGCUGAACCUGCUCCACAAGAUUGUAUCGAAAAAAUGCGCGAGUGGGCCUCCCAGCUAUAUGUGUCCAAGUUCCUCGGAAAAUUUGGAAGUGUACCUCCAGCAUGAAAAAUACUGCAAUCGUUUCUACAGAUGCGUCGAUGGCGAAGCUAUCGAGGGGAAGUGUUCUCCGGGAUUAUACUUCAACCCGACGGAAAAUCUUUGCUGCACGGUCGAAACCGCGUGUACUCGACGAAAACCGCGAGUGAAGAAAGUUAGUGGCUGCUCGUCGUGUAAGAAUGAGCUAGUGAGUAAAGGUCUUCCACCGAUGAAGUUCUAUGUGUGUAACUGUGAUGGAACCGGAACGGUACAGCAGUGCCCUUGGGCGUAUGAUACGAAAACCAAUCGAAACAUUACCUUACAUUUCAAUGGAAAGCGAUGUGAACCUACCAAAGAAACCACUAGUGAAGAAUGUCAUUCGAGCACAACAGCUGCUCCAACUUGUGGGUGUGCAGUCUCGUCGGUGACAACGACUACGCCAGCACCUAGUUGUGGGUGUUCGACCACAACGACGGUCAGUGAUUGUGAGACAACAACUAGUGACCCUUGUGCUACUACAACAACAACUACAAGCGAUCCUUGUGUGACUACGACCGCUGCACCAGAAUGUGUAACAACAACAGUUGAUCCAUGCUCGACCACAACAACGACUACAAGUAACCCGUGUGUGACCACAACAACUACUGAUCCAUGUGCGACAACAACGACUACAAGUGAUCCAUGUUCGGCCACUACAACGACCACCGUUGAUCCAUGUGCGAUUUCACCAACGAUCACAGCCAAUCCAUGUGAAACUACACCAACGACUACAGUUAAUCCAUGCGUGACCACAACAACGACUACAGGUGAUCCAUGUGCGGCAACAACAACGACUACGAGUGACCCGUGUGUGACUACAACAACUACUGAUCCGUGUGUGACAACAACGACUACAGCGGAUCCAUGUGCAGCCACUACAACGACUACAAAUGAUCCAUGUGUGGAAACUACGACGACCGCCGUUGAUCCAUGUACGAUUACAACAACGACCACAGCCGAUCCAUGUGCAGUCCCAACAACAACAACAAGUGUUCCAUGUGCGAUUUCAACAACAACCACAACCAAACCAUGUGUGACUACCACAACGACUGCAAGUGAUCCAUGUGCAACGAUAACCACGACCACCGUUGGUCCAUGUGCGAUUUCAACGACGAUCACAGCCAAUCCAUGUGUGACUACACCAUCGACCACAGUCGAUUCAUGCGCGACCACAAUAGCGUCAGCUGCUGCUUGCGAAACAACUACGACAGAAAUGACAACGACAACAGUAGAGACUACUACUACCGAACUGAUGACGACAACGGAAGAAACAACAAUUACAAUGGAUACCAGCACAGAGGAGACGACAACUACCGAAGAGACAACAACUACGGAAGAGACCACAACCACUGAAGAAACGACGACUACAGAAGAAUCGACCACCACUGAAGAGAUUACGACAACAGAAGAAACUACGACUACCACAGAGGCGACAAGCACCACUGUGGCAUCGACUACUGAAGAGACGACUACUACAGAAGAAACAACGACUACCACAGAAACAACCACUACUGAAGAGACUACGACUAUCGAAGAGACUACGACUAUCGAAGAGACUACGACUACCGAAGUGUCUACGACUACUGAAGAAACCCCGACAACAGAAGAGACCACGACAACAGAAGAAACCACAACAACAGAAGAAACCACAACAACAGAAGAGACCACAACUACAGAAGAGACAACAACUACUGAAUUAACUACAACUACAGAAGAGACCACGACAACAGAAGAAACGACAACCACUGAAGCGAACACGGCUGCGGAAGAGACGACAACCACCGAAGAAACGACGACCACGGAAGAAACAACAACUACUGAAGCGACUACGACUGUGGAGGAAACGACAACUACCGAAGCGACCACGACUGCGGAGGAGACGACUACUACCGAAGAAACAACGACCGCGGAAGAAACAACAACUACUGAAGCGACUACGACUGUGGAGGAGACAACGACCACCGAAGAAACAACGACCACUGCAGAAGCGACGACCACCGCGGAGGCUACAACUUAG